UAACCACAAUCUUUGAUCCACAACUAUUAAAGAUGGACAACUGGAAUUCACAGCUGUUUAAGCAUCAAUGUAUCGAAUAAAUCGACUGAAUUAGGGAACAACAAAAAACCACCAACUACUUAUCUUAUUAAUAUUUGUAAAAGCCACAAGCUCAGUGGUAAACAACAUAGCGAGAGUAAGUAAACGAAUUGUGAGUGCUCCGAUUCGCCUGCUCGGAAAAUAAAGCUCUGUCAGCAAACAAUAAAAGUGACGCUCUUUGUUAAGUCAUUCGUCGCUCACCACCUGCCAAAGUGCAGCAUUUUGCACUGUGUCAUUAACAAUAACAACGUCAGACAUAAUACAAUUCAGCAACAUUGCGACGUCUCAAAAUCAGUGCAUCAUUUAUCACACACACUCUGCCAUGCCAUCCAACUGAUUGCCAUUGCCAAUAAGAUGCGUGGAAUUGAGGGCAAAGUUGUUGUGCUAGGCUCGCGAGGUGUUGGCAAAUCUCGUUUGGUCAUUAAGUAUAUUAAAAAUGCUCUGCAUCGCAGCGAGGAGCCGACGAUAGCUGUCUCCUUUUUCACCUGCAACAUCAUAUUGGAUGAUGUCAAGAUCAAAUUACAGAUCUGGGAUACCGCUGGACAGGAGCGCUUCAGGGCCGUUGCACCCAUGUAUUAUCGCAAUGCGAACGCUGCCAUUUUAGUGUUUGACCUGACACAAUAUAAGACAUUUACCGAAAUCAAAUCAUGGAUACAGGAGCUGCAUCGCAAUGUGCAGGAUCCGAUGAUACUGACGCUGGUUGGCAACAAACUGGAUAUGGAGUCACAGCGAGCUGUCUCCCGCGAUGAGGCAUAUCUGUUUGCCAGCUCGAUUGGUGCCAACUACUUUGAGACAUCCACCGAAACGGACCAGGGACUGGAGCAGGUGUUCCUGUCGACAGCACUGGGCCUAGUGCGGCUGGCCGACGAGGGCAAGAGUCACUCCUUGCGCUCCUUUGAGUCGACCGACUCGCUCUUCUACACCAACGGCAACACGGCCUUCAGCUACACGGCCGCUGCACUGGCGCGCAACGAGGAUAGCGCUGCUUUUCGCCUGCCCUAUGUGCAUAUAGGGAUACCAGUGGAUGGGCAGGAUGUGAAGACGACGGGCGAGGGCCGUCUCGAGACGCCCUCGUGGGCAAUCGAGCACAUUGCCCUGGGCCAAGCGGAAAGGCCGCGCUGGUGCUGCUACUGAACAAAACCAGCCAGAGAACUGACAACCAUUUUCUCAACCAUUGUGAUGUUAAUUAAACAGGUUUACCUUUAGUUAUGCACCUGCACUCGAAUUCGAAUCGGCUAAGCAAUCGAAGCCAAAUAGAAGACCACCCGUGAACACAAACACACACAAAGUAACAAGAAACAAAAACACAAAUAAAACUGAUAGAUUGCCGAGCACUGGCCUCGACCACUGGCAACGGGUGGCAACCAAUAGACACAUCCAAAUCGCGGCUGCUAGUCGUAAGCUAAUUGUAAGCUUAGUCAAUAAGUAUAACCAGCAAAUGCCUAAUGUAUAUUUUAUUUAUGAAUAUUAACAAGCAGCAGCGUCGCUUAAAGCUUACUUGACUCAAACGUCGCUAACGUUCUUCAUUUCAACGCACGCCGGACGCCGGGCCGGUCGGUUGGGUGUAAUCACACACAAUUCAUGUACAAACACACUUUAUACAACAAAUAUAGAUAUGUAUAU